AUGUCCAACACGCUCUUUGAUUUCGACAGUGCUUCAAGUAGUCCCGAACCAGCCGCGGGCACUCAUACUGCGCAGACGUCCGUGUCCCCAGAGAUAUCGACGUCGGCAAACGCACCACGGGUCAAGAGAGUGAAGGGACAUCACAAGGCACCUUCGCAAGCUUCCUUGACCCAAGGCAUGAGCGGGCUCAAGGCAAAUGGUUCCCGAGAAGUCUCCCCCGCCUCAAACUUCGUUCUUAGUCAUGCCUCUUCCCCAUCCGCGACAUUCAACAAUACACCCUCACCAGAAAAUCACGUGAACCUGUUUGGCAAUCUCGGCGGGUUGGGUGUCUCCUCUAUGUGGAACACCGUGACGACAUUUCCCACACAGAACCCAGUUUCCCAGAUGAUUCGGACACCUGAGUCCUCCAGCGUGCCCCAAGCACAAUACCCAGUCCAGACGAAUAUAGCAGCUGGACCCCGGCCGAGACUCUUCGUGCAACCUACACCUCUGAAGUCACGUGUGGAAACACAGAUUCCCAUUAAGCUCACAAUACAUCAUCUGCCGGCGGGGAUCAAGCGGAUUCAUCUGCCAUCACAUACAAUCUCGAAGCCGAAGCUGUUGGCGAAGCCGACUGCUGUCCGUUCCCCAGACAUGCUCGAACUCUCGACAAUGCUCGUAUGCACGAGCGCAAUGCAAGAUCCGGCCAAGCGUGAGCGGGCGUUCGCCCGUGCGGCUUCCACCCAAUUCGAUCAGCAAAGCGCCCGAGAGUUCGAGGAUGACGAGGAGAGCAAAGCACAGAAUGGGGGCGAAGUCCGCAUCUGCGCAGGCUGCAUUACUCGGGAAAGAAAACGCGCAGGCCGCAAGAAGCACAAAAAGCCUGAGGAGGAGGACCUGUGGAACCGCUUCGAGACGGAGCGGGUUAUAGUAUUCAACACUCAGGAAGUCAAGGAGUGGCAGGCAGUGACCCCUCACAUGGCGGACCCUACCGGGGCUGGAUUGCGGGAUUCUGUUCCUGAAGGGACAGUUCAGGUGGACGCCCCUAUGCGCAUUGCCUGUUACUGCCGCCAUCAUGGGGAGAAGAUGGGAUUUCAGGUCAUUUUCACCGUCAAGGACUACAAGGAUAACCUCGUCGCCCAGCAGAUCUCGUCUUCCAUCAUGAUCACCGACGACCACAAGACACACCUCCCGGCAUCCGCACUGGCUCACACAGCGUCACUUGCGGGCAACGAUGCAAAGCCCAUCGAAGCCACAGCCCCCUUCCGGAACCAGCCAGAACAGACUGCUGCGGUCAAUCAAAAUAGCACUUCAAACUACGCGCAAGCGACCUCAACCACAGCAAAUUCACGAUCCAACUCUAUUGUUGCUACUCCACAGAACCUCUCUCGGCAAGGCUCCCCGGCUUCUGUGCCUCUUGGCCCGCCAGCGGCCGUUUCUAAGAAACGGAAAGCCAGCGUAUCCGCCAAGGUACCCAGCGGCCUGGCCAUGACCAAGCUCGAGCCCCCGCAACAGCCCCAAUUAACGGGUGUGGCUCAAAAUAGCGACACCAGCGUCGCCACGAACCAUACUUCGCCAUUCUCGCCGACUUUGGGCAACUUCGCUGGCAACACGGAUUCGUUUUUUAGCAGCCAGGCUGGACUUAACAUGGCCCAGAAUUUCGCCACUGGACCGCCAACCCCGAACAGCAAUGGUGCGGAUCAGCUGAUUUAUCCAUCAAAUCGAACUUUGAGCCUCGACAAUCUCCCACCGCAACUUUUCUCUGCGCCGGUCACAGCGCACCCCAGCCGUGCACCAAGCCCCGCCACUUUGCGUCGCGAGAUACACAUGCAGAUGGGUCAGAAUUAUAACGCGCCGGUCACCACAAAUCCAUCCACGGUCGCGACAGGUCCUCGUCCCAUGAUCUACAAGAUUAUACCUGGGGAAGGACCCAAGUCUGGCGGCGUGGAAGUCACUAUCCUCGGAAGUGGUUUCACAAACGGAGGCCUCGAGGUGAUGUUCGGCGACAAUCGUGCUGCAACAACAACUUUCUGGGGAGAAACGUCGCUUGUAUGCCUGCUGCCGCCCUCUGCGGUCACUGGGCUUGUCCCAGUAUCAAUUAAACAGCCCUUGGCGCCUAUGCCCGUCACCAUGAACGGCAACUCACAGCCGCUAUUCCGAUACGUUGACGAUGACGAGCACCGCCUCAUCAGGACAGCGCUCACUGUUCUCGGCAAUAAGCUCGGUGGGAAGAUGACUGACGUUGCUGAGAUUGCCCGGAACAUCAUCUACGGACCUGUUGGCGCAAGCAACGGCGGGUCAUGGAACUCCUCGUCGCCCAACUCCUCCGCGCCUGGAUCCAACAAUUACAACAACAUGGACAAGGACGCCGACGUUGAAGGCGGGCUCUUGAAGGUGCUCGAACUGAUCGACCUCGAUGACAGUGCGAACAGGGCACGCAUCAAUCUCCGCCGCUCCAGUGGCCAGACUAUGCUGCAUCUGGCAUGUUCCCUGGGAUUCGGUCGGUUUGUGGCUGGCUUGCUCUCACGUGGUGCCAACAUUGGUAUUCGCGACAAGGGAGGAUACACUGCUCUGCACAUGGCGGCCAUGAACAACCAUCCUGAGAUUGUGCGUCGCCUGAUUCUCAAGGGCGCGGAUCCUUCCAUGCGGACUCUGUCCGGCUUGACACCUGCAGAUGUCGCCCGCAGCCCGGACGUUUUGCGCGUGCUCCGUCGCAUCGAAAAUCACUCUCGAUCCCGCAGUGCCAGCUCUUUACACAGCCGCGCCAACAGCGCCAGCUCUCUGAGGUCACUAUGGGAUCCACCAUCGUCGGGGAACGUGGCCAGCCCCGAAUAUCUAGUGGAUGGCGAGGACAGCUUGAGCAGCGAUUCCGAUUCUUCUGCAGAGAUCGACAGCGACGAGGAGGAACGCGAUUGGGUGGAGAUGACUCGCCGAAGCCGCUCUUCUACUAUCCAGCCUCCAGAGAUCAAUACGGCGCCACCGCGUCAGAACUUGGACAUGAGCUCGCCCACGGCAGCCAUGAGCGCCUUCCGAGAUCACAUCACCGCUCAGAUUCACCAGUUCCAGCAAUCCAUGGCCACGCAUUUGCCUCAAAUGCCACAGAUGCCUCAAAUGCCCCAGAUGCUGAUGCCGCAGAUGCCGCAGAUGCCGACUUCUCUCCCUGAUUACCACUCUUACCUGCCUCAACGUCCUGCCAUUCCGAGGAUGUCUUCCUUGAUGCCGAAGCAGCUGUUCAGCGCCAAGGAAGCACCGCCAGCCUACGAAGACAUCUUUCCCCAGUCCCAACAGGAUCUCGACACAAAGCAGGCUUCUGCUGCCCAGGCCGCAGCAGAAUAUGAAGCGGAUGCAAAGUGUGCAACAAUGUUCGAUCAGCAAGAAACGACGGCCAUUGCUGAGAGCCAUACACAGGCCCGUGAAGAAGAACCGGAAAUGACCAGCCUGUUCCACGUUGGAAGAAAGGGCACCAUUACACUGGAUCAACAAGAAAAGCUCAAGCGAGUCCAUGCAGCCAGUUUGAAGACUGGCAGUCACGACAAGAUGCUGUGGAUCUUCUGGCUCCCUAUCCUUUUCCUGGUCCUUGGCAUGAUGAUGACCAACAUCGCGCCCUCACUAUUCACUGGCACAUAUCAGACAGUCAAGACUGUAGUAAGCGCGGUCGCUGAGCCGCGGCAGAUAAUCAGGCGCAUUGGAGAACGGCUGGUAGAGGUUGCAUAG